CGAUUCUACAUCCUCCUUCCGAAAAUUGUUAUUAGCAUCUCGCGUUGUUCUGAGGCAGCUCCACAUUUCUCUCUCGCGCGAGCAGGAACAUACUUUCUCUCUCUAGCGCGUCUACCAAAUCUAUCGUUCCAAGAGAUCAAAAGCAAGAAAGGGAAAUGGGGUUAACAUUCACAAAGCUUUUUAGCCGGCUUUUUGCCAAGAAGGAGAUGCGUAUUUUGAUGGUUGGUCUCGAUGCGGCUGGUAAGACCACCAUCCUGUACAAGCUCAAGCUCGGAGAGAUUGUUACCACCAUUCCUACCAUUGGCUUCAAUGUGGAGACUGUUGAAUACAAGAACAUUAGCUUCACCGUGUGGGAUGUUGGGGGUCAGGACAAGAUCCGCCCAUUGUGGAGGCACUACUUCCAGAACACUCAGGGUCUCAUCUUUGUGGUGGACAGCAACGAUAGGGAUCGUGUUGUUGAGGCAAGGGAUGAGCUGCAUAGGAUGUUGAAUGAGGAUGAGCUGAGAGAUGCUGUAUUACUUGUAUUUGCAAACAAACAAGAUCUUCCCAAUGCAAUGAAUGCUGCUGAAAUCACUGACAAGCUUGGCCUACACUCGCUCAGGCAGCGCCACUGGUACAUCCAGAGCACGUGUGCCACCUCUGGUGAGGGGCUCUAUGAGGGACUGGACUGGCUCUCCAACAACAUUGCUAACAAGGCAAGUAGUCAUGCAUGAUACAUUUAUCACAUAACUUUACUUGGAGAGAUCUUCGAAUUUAGCUUUGUUGUAUCAGAUGUUUCAUUUAUGUUUAGGACCUUCAAAUCAGACAAUGGUUUGUUUUAUAUUUCCUCCUACGUUUGCUUAGUUUUGAAUGUAAUAUUCAGACACAGACUAGGGUUUUGGAUUAUGAUUUGUUUGCCCA